AUGAUAAAAAUUGAAAAGGACAAUCCAACAUUACUAAAAUACAAAACCAGUUACAAAGAUAACGAUUUCAAAAUAAUUGACAUAAGAAGAAAAUGCAGAAAAUCAUUAGUUGAUUUAAAAUUAUUUAACCUUAACUCUGACAUUAAAAUAUCUCUUGAAAAAAAAAAAGAUUUGGUAUCAUUAUGUCAUUCCAAUGCAAUCCCAAAGACCCACUGGUCCUUCUAUGAAACACUAGAAGCUGAAGUUAAAGCAAAAAAUACUGAAGCUGAUGAAAGCGAUUAA